ACGGUGGUGGCGGCGGCAACGCCCAACCACGACCUGCCCUCGCGGUGUUUUUUUUUUUUUUCUUUUUCCAGUCCAUCCUCUUACGCGUUGGCGUGCGUCCCCAACCAACCAAACAAGUCCCUUCCUUCCGCGACUCUUCUCUCUUCUCUUCUCUCGCAGGGGACCAAGGAGCAGGAGGAGGAGCUUCAGCCAUGGGCGGCGGCAACGGCCAGAAGUCCAAGAUGGCGCGGGAGAGGAACGCCGAGAAGAACAAGGGCUCCAAAGGCAGUCAGCUGGAGACAAACAAGAAGGCCAUGAACAUCCAGUGCAAGAUCUGUAUGCAGACUUUUAUCUGCACCACCUCUGAGGCCAAGUGCAAAGAGCAUGCCGAGGCGAGGCAUCCCAAGAAUGACCUCUACCAGUGCUUCCCCCACCUCAAGAAUUAGUAAGCAGCAGCAUAUGCUUCCUCAGACAAGGGGCAUAUGCUCAGCUCAACAAAGAGAGAAAAGUGUCGUCAUCCACCAAGUACUGUCGUCUUCAUCAGUGACUGGUUGCCAUAUACUAUGUGUCAAUGGGUCUCAGCUGCUGUUGCUGUUGCUGCAGCUGCUUUCGGUUGUGUUGCCCCAUCUAAAUAUGUAAUGUAAUCCUUCGCUGUCAGCCUGUUGUGCUAAAAACAUUAAUUCUGUGUGGGCUAAGAACAUUAAUUCUGUGUGGAUUUGUGAUGCCUGUCUGUGCUUGCUCAGUAUUUUCUUUU